CAGUCUUCUUCGGUUGACAUCGUGAGUGAGAGCUAUAGCUACAGCUACUACCUACUGUAACAGUGAGUGCUUAAGAUUUUCCGCGAUAGAGAAAAAUUUUCCAGCAGCAGUAUUCAGUGAAAAAUGUCGCACAGAGCUUGUCCAAUGAAGAACGGGCAUGGGUGCAGCGAUUUUGAGUCGUACUUUGUCCGACCGGAUCUGGCGUCCAGAUGUACCUGGAAGCUAGGAACGACCGAGGCCAGCCCCCAUCAGAGUCGGCCACCAGUAUACCACGAGAAGGCCAUCAACAACAUCCUGGAAGCUAUUGGAAACACGCCCCUCGUCAAACUCAACAAGCUUCCCAAAGAGUUCGGAGUGAAAUGCAACGUCUACGCCAAAUGCGAAUUCCUGAACCCCGCCGGCUCCGUUAAGGACCGCAUCGGGCUUCGGAUGAUCGAGGAAGCCGAAGAACGUGGCGUUCUCAAACCCGGAUCGACCAUUGUCGAACCGACCUCGGGAAACACCGGUAUCGGCCUAGCCCUGGGAGCCGCCGUCAAGGGUUACAAAUGCGUCAUCGUCAUGCCGGAGAAGAUGUCCAACGAGAAGGUCGACACCCUGCAGGCUCUUGGGGCCGAAGUAAUCCGAACACCGAACGAGGCAGCGUUCGAUCAUCCCGAGGGAUUGAUCGCCGUGGCUCAGCGACUUCAGCGGGAGAUACCCAAUGCGGUCAUCCUGAACCAGUACACCAAUUCGGGUAACCCGCUGACCCACUACGACGGAACGGCGGCGGAGAUCGUCCGCCAGCUGGAUGGAAAAGUCGACAUGAUUGUGAUGGGAGCCGGAACCGGAGGCACCGCCACCGGGUUGGGCCGGAAAGUGAAGGAACACAACCCGAACUGCAAGGUGGUCUGCUCGGACCCUCUCGGGUCGAUCCUGGCCUUUCCGUCGACCCUAAACAAAACCGACUGCAAGUUCUGGGAAGUAGAAGGCGUCGGGUAUGACUUCGUGCCGACAGUUUGCGAUCGCAGCGUCGUGGACGAGUGGAUCAAGUACGGCGACAAGGACGCCUUCCAGACGGCCCGGAAGAUGAUCGCCGAAGAGGGCUUACUGUGCGGAGGAAGUGCCGGAGGAAACAUGUGGGUUGCACUGCAGGCCGCGAAAGACUUGGACGAAGGUCAGAAUGUGGUCGUUAUCUUGCCGGAUAACAUCCGGAACCACUUGACGAAGUUCGUUUCGGACAACUGGAUGGAGGCUCGGAACUUUAAGGAAUGUGUCAACGUUCAGAAUCACAAGUGGUGGAAUCGGAAGGUUUCAACGAUCGACAUGGCCACCCCGGUGACGAUCACGGUGGACGUCUCGAUCCAGGAAGCCGUCCGUAUCAUGAAGAAGGACAAGUUCAACCAAUUGCCGGUGAUCAACCACGAUGGAAGUAUCCGUGGGGCGGUUUAUUUGGCGAACCUCAUAGGGAAGUUGUUGAACGGAAUGGUUAAGCCGGGUGAUCCGGCUUCCCGUGCCAUCUACAAGCAGUUCGUGAAGGUUGACCGGAAUUGCACGAUGGGACGCGUUGCGCGGAUUUUGGAAAAAGAUCCGUUCGUGCUGGUGACGGAUCUCGGAGUGGAUAACGGACAUGUCGAACCAACAGAGAAGGUGGUUGGGUUGAUUACCCAGAGAGACAUUUUGCAUUAUAUCACUGAUGCGUGAGUAGGCACAUCUCGAUGAAGACACAUAUGUUUUAUGUAUUACGCCAUUUAAAACAGUAUUUUCAAGCAAUCUGUAAUUAUGUGAUAAAAUGGAAAUAGUUUUAAUAAAUUUACUAAUUACGAAAUAUGCUGUAUGAUUUCU